GGUGCUGUCACCCUCACUUUCUCAUUCUAGAGCUUUGUUUUUUUCUAUAUAAAUAUACCUUUCUCCGCGUUCCAUUCUUCACUUUAUACCUUUUCUCUACGGAGUUUCAGUUCCUUCAAGAGCAAGUAAGAAGUUACAGUUGAGUGAUGACUGUUACACUCCCAGAAUCAAUGGAGCCAGUGAAGAUGAUCGGAGCUGAUGGAAACAACGUUGGGCAAACCGUCGAUCCACUCCCAUUUGCUAGAAGUUAUCAGAUUGAAGCCCUCGAGAAAGCAAUUAAGCAAAACACCAUAGUGUUUCUCGAGACUGGCUCUGGGAAAACCCUGAUUGCUAUAAUGCUCCUGCGCUACUAUGCCCAUCUCCUCCGGAAACCAUCGCCUUUCAUUGCCGUUUUCUUAGUCCCUAAAGUUGUUUUAGUUCCUCAGCAAGCAGAAGCUGUGAAAAUGCACACUGACCUCAAAGUGGGCACGUAUUGGGGAGAUAUGGGAGUUGAUUUCUGGGAUGCUGCAACUUGGAGGAAAGAACAAGACAAGCAUGAGGUGCUUGUAAUGACACCCGCAAUUUUACUCAAUGGCUUGAGGCAUAGCUUUUUCAAAUUGGACAUGAUUAAGGUUUUGAUAUUUGAUGAAUGCCAUCAUGCCAGGGGCAAAGACCCUUAUGCUUGCAUUAUGAAAGAGUUCUAUCAUGAACAAGUACGGUCUAAUAACUCUAAUCUUCCUCGGAUAUUUGGAAUGACUGCUUCCCCUAUAAAGACCAAAGGGACAACAUCAACAUGGUCCUGUGGUAAAAAUAUGAUUGAACUGGAGAAUCUUAUGAACUCAAAGAUAUACACAAGUGUUAGUGAAGCUGUAUUGGCUGAGUUUGUACCAUUCUCAACUCCAAAGUUGACGCAUUAUAAAGACAAGGAUAUCCCAUCUGCCUUAUUUGAGAAUGUAGCACAUCAAUUAGAGAUUUUGAAGAAUAAGUAUGAACACUCUCUAGAAAGCUUGAAUCUCAUGGAAUCUACAAAGGAAUCUGCUAGGAAAAAAAUAUCCAAGCUAUUUUCUGCAUUUUUGUUUUGUUUGAAUGACCUUGGGCUCUGGUUGGCUUUAAAGGCUGCUGAGUUCUCGUUUUGUGAUGAUAUGGACAUCUGUUGCUGGGGACAGUUGGAUUUGUCUGGUGAGGAAAUAAUUAAAAAUUUCAAUAAGGAUGCAUACAAAGUGAUCUCGACAUAUUUACCAUCUGAUCGAGAGCUUUCUGUUGGUGAUGAUCUGGAAGCUGAUGCAGAGUCCGGGUUCCUAACGACAAAAGUUAUUUGCCUCGUUGGGUCUCUUCUUCAAUACAGGCAUUUAAAGAAUUUGAGAUGCAUAGUUUUUGUUGAAAGGGUCAUUACAGCUAUUGUUCUUCAAAAACUGCUAAGUAAGUUGCUUCCCAAAUUAAGUGGUUGGGAAGCAGGAUAUAUAGCAGGGAAUGCUUCUCAAUUGCAAUCUCAAAGUAGGAGAGUGCAAAAUGCACUUGUUGAAGAAUUUCGCAAAGGCAUGGUGAAUGUUAUUGUUUCAACAUCGAUCCUUGAGGAGGGUUUAGAUGUUCAGAGUUGCAACUUGGUCAUAAGAUUUGAUCCCUCAGCCACAGUUUGCAGUUUUAUACAGUCCCGAGGUCGUGCUAGAAUGCAGAAUUCUGAUUACUUAUUAAUGGUGAAAAGUGGGGAUGAUAAAACACUUUCAAGGCUACGGACCUAUCUUGAUAGUGGAAAAGUAAUGAGGGAAGAGUCCUUACGCAAUGCCUCCCUCCCUUGUGCACCUCUCAAAAGUAGUUUGGAUGAUGAAGAGUUCUAUUGGGUUGAAAGUACUAGAGCAAUAGUGACUCUGAGUUCCAGCAUUGGGUUGUUAUACUUCUACUGUUCCCGGCUCCCUUCUGAUGGAUAUUUUAAACCGACUCCUAGGUGCUCUAUCAAUCAGGACAUGGGGACUUGCACCAUAUACCAUCCUAAAAGCUGCCCAAUACAAACUGUUUCUGUGCGAGGCAACAUUAAAACACUGAAGCAGAUUGCAUGCCUUGAAGCAUGCAAGGAACUACAUAAAGCCGGAGCUUUAACUGAUAAUCUUGUGCCACAGAUUGUUGAGGAAGAAGCUAUUGUUGCACAAGAUGAAAAUAUGCCUUACGAUGAUGAGCAGGCGACUUAUUAUCCACCAGAGUUGAUUAAUCCUUCAUUAAAGGAUCCAGUCACCCCAUAUCAUUGCUACUUAAUUGAGUUGGACCAAAAGUACGAAUAUGAAGUUUCUCCUCAGGGUAUUGUGCUUGCUGUUAGGAGUGAACUUGAAUAUGAUGUUGGAAAUGUAAAUUUUGACUUGCAAGUUGAUAGGGGUACUAUGACUGUGAGCAUGAAUUAUGUUGGAGUGAUCCAUCUUACUGCUGAGCAGGUUCUUAUGUGUAGGAAGUUUCAAAUCACUCUUUUAAGGGUUCUUAUAGAUCGUGCUAUAGAUAAAGGGGUUUUUGACAGAUAUGACUUAGGAAAUGAUCAAAUGGUGGACUAUCUCAUGCUCCCGUCGACUAACUCACGGGAAAUACCAUCCAUCGUUGAUUGGAAAUGUCUUGGUUCUGUUUUCUUUUCACAUGAAAAUGCUUCCAAUCACAUGGGUUGCUUCUUUCCAAGGAUGCAUACAAAAAGUGGUUUUGUUUGUAGUUGUACACUUAAAAAUUCAAUAGUGUACACUCCGCACACUAGCCAAUUUUAUUGCAUCACUGGUAUUUUGGGUGAAUUGAACGGGAACUCGUUUCUUAGUUUGAAGAAUGGAGGUCUUCUUACUUACAAGGAAUAUUAUCGUCUAAGGCAUGGAAUUGAGUUGCAGUUUGAUGGAGAAAAAUUGCUUAAAGGAAGACGCAUGUUUGUGGUACAAAACUAUCUUCAGAGGUGCAGACAACAGAAGGAGAAAGAGUUGAGUAACACAACCGUCGAACUGCCUCCUGAGCUAUGUGUUAUCUUUAUGUCUCCAAUAUCUAUUAGUAUUAUCUAUUCUUUCUCAUUGAUCCCAUCCAUCAUGCAUCGGAUUGAGUCUCUACUACUUGCUGUCAAUUUGAAAAAUAUACACCUCAACUAUUGCAAGCAAAAUGACAUUCCAACUUUCAAGGUAUUGGAAGCAAUUACGACAAAGCAUUGCCAAGAGGGAUUUCAUUUGGAGUCUUUGGAGACCCUUGGAGACUCUUUUCUCAAAUAUGCUGCAAGUCAACAGCUCUUCAAAACCUUUCAAAAUCAUCAUGAGGGCCUUCUUAGUGUUAAGAAAGAAAGAAUAAUUUCUAAUGCUUCAUUGUGCAAGCUAGGAUGUGACCGCAAACUUCCGGGUUUUAUCCGUAAUGAGUCUUUUGACCCUAAAAAGUGGAUCAUUGCGGGUGAUCAAUCUAGAAGCCAUGUCUUUGGUGAAGAGUUACUUUCAAGUACCAGAAAGAUCUAUGUCAGUGAAAGAAGAAAGCUGAAAAGUAAGAGAAUUGCUGAUGUUGUUGAGGCACUAAUCGGCGCAUUCCUUAGCACAGGUGGUGAAACAGCAGCAUUGAUAUUUAUGAGAUGGCUUGGUAUAAAUGUUGAUUUUGUCAAAGUACCAUACAAAAGAGACUUCCCAGUGAUCCUGAAGAGGCAUGUCAAUGUCAGCUACUUAGAGUCAAUAUUGAAUUACUCAUUCCGUGAUCCUUCUCUGCUAGUUGAAGCACUGACGCAUGGUUCUUACAUGCUUCCUGAGAUUCCUAGAUGCUAUCAGCGGCUUGAAUUCCUUGGGGAUGCAGUAUUGGAUUAUCUGAUGACCAUGCACCUGUACCAUAAGUACCCCGGGAUGUCACCAGGACUGUUGACUGACCUCAGGUCUGCCUCUGUCAACAAUGAUUGUUAUGCACAAUCUGCAGUGAAGGCUAAAUUGCACCAACACAUUCUCCAUUCUUCACAAGAGCUUCACAGGCACAUAGUUGUCACGGUUGGCAAUUUUGACAAAUUACCUGUGGAAUCAACUUUCGGAUGGGAAUCUGAGUCAUCUUUCCCCAAGGUACUGGGAGAUGUCAUAGAAUCUCUGGCGGGAGCAAUUCUUGUUGAUUCAGAUUACAAUAAGGAGGUUGUCUUUCAGAGCAUAAGGCCUCUUUUGGAGCCUCUCAUUACGCCUGAAACAGUGAAGCUCCACCCUGCAAGAGAGCUGGGUGAACUCUGUCAGAAAGAACAUUAUGAUAUAAAAAGAGUUGUUGUAUCUCAGAAUGGCAAGGCUUCAGUUACAAUUGAGGUUGAAGCAAAUGGGGCGAAACACAAACAUACAAGUACGUCAGAUAAGAGAACUGCAACAAAAUUGGCUUCGAAAGAAGUUUUGAAGUCUUUGAAGGAAAGCAUAGCCCAGACAGUUGCCUUCAACUUCAUUGGCUAUACUUUGAGAUGCUCAAAUCUGCUCCAUGCUAUGCUUUCAUGGCAUCCAAUUGUUGCAACUGCUAAGAGUUCAUUGCAUCAGAGGAUCUUCUUGCACUGUUCAAGUAUUGUGAAGUUCAACUCUGGUUUGCACCAUUUCAAAGCCUUUGCUGUUUCCUGAUGGUAUGAAAAGGAGCUGGUUUCGUCCAUUAUAUGAUCUCAAGCAUCUGAAGGUGGAAACAGGUUUCUGGGUAGCAAGUUAUACAAACUCAAGGGAUGGCUUUCUCACGAUCAAGGAUCCACAUCCAAGAAAUUAAUUAAAACAAGAAAUUAAUUUGCUGUUUGGCUUUCUCGUCAUCCCAAGACCUUGUCAAUUGUUUAUGAUUAUACAGAGUUUUAUGAAGUUCCACUAUGCAGAGAGGGCCUUGCCAGGAGGAUGCAGACUGUUGCUGCAGUGGCUGGCGUAGGAUAUGACAUGAAGAAUGUUUUGAACAUGAUGAUGAGGAGAUUCUACUCAAGUUCUUCAUUGAUAAUGUGAAGAUGUUGGAGACGGUUAGAGUCUUGACUCAGAAAUCUUCAGAGUGGUUCAUGGCAAGUGUUUGAAGCAAGCUAAAUGAUUGCCGAAAACAUCGAACAUACUGUCCUAAUGAUACCUCCUUCGCAGUUUGCAUCCCAACUGUUAAAGUCCUCUCCUCUUUUUGAAUAGAGCUCUUGAACUGAAGCUGCAUUCAGCUUGCCUAGUUUUGUAGGCAUCAUUGUCUAAAGUUCUGUUUGGUUGUCAAGAAAAACAAAGACAAUGAUACAGGAACUUGAAAUUUGUGUGUUUUCCUGUUUGUACUGAUGUUUAGUGUCGAAAUCCCAGUGAUCUGGGCAUUCCUUCUGAAUAAAGAAUUGAAAAAUGCAGGAGCAGAGCUUUGGAUU